AUGAACCGCCGUGCUCACAAGAAGUCACGAAACGGCUGUAUUGAAUGCAAACGCCGGCAUAUCAAGUGCGAUGAGACCCGUCCAACGUGCAGAAAUUGCAACAUUAUUGAGCGGGACUGCGUGUAUCGGACAAAAGCACCGCCAACGGUGUCCCCCGAUCAUGACAGUAAAGGCUGUCCUCAAAGACACAGGUUGGGAACGCACACACCGCCAGUGAGCUCUGGGAGCUCACCGUACCGCGAUGGUACUAGUACUGGGAACACAGAUCCGGCCCCCAGAUCGACGAACUCGGCGGGAGGGUCACCAUCGGCAUGUCCCGACCCGCCAGGGACGCGCUCCGGGCCCACCGUCAACAUGAACCAUAUGGAGCUUCUCGUCAACUUCUCCUUGGACCUCAUCAUUAUGGAACUUGGCGAUGAUCUCCGCGAGAGCGGGACUAAGGUUUUGCUUAAAGCUGGCGUAGAAGCGCCGUAUCUCAUGCACGAGAUGAUGUCUCUUUCGGCGCUCCACCUCUCACACGCUAGACCAGAGAGAAAACAGUAUUAUAUGGAGCAAUCUGUCCAACUGCAAACAGAAGCUAUCUCUCUUUUCAACACUACCAAGCCCGAAGUGGACGGUUCCAACUGCGUGCCCAUCGCCAUGUUCUCCUCCAUGCUCGGCCGUCACCUCUGCAUCGAAGCUCUGGCGACCUGCAAUUCGGGGCUAGAUAGCUUCCUCGACAGUUAUCUCAACUUUGCCCGCCUCCGUCAACGAGGCGCUUUCGUCAUCCAAAGCGUCAGGCUUGCCCUUGAAGAAUCUGAGCUACGGCCCCUCCUCACAUGGGGUCCUGGGAUUGAAGGUCUUGUGCCUGAGGGCCACGAUUGCGACGGCUUGCAAGCCUUGAUCUCCUCGUCGAGCCUGGAUGAUUCGUACAAGGCUGCAUGUCGACGGGCUGUCGAGUUGAUUCAGGUUGCCUACGACAAUCGAGACAGACGCAAAUGCAACCCCACCUUGAAGCACAUGGUCCGGAUAAUCUUCACAUGGGCUUUCAUGGUUCCGGAUGAUUUCAUUGAAAUGUUGAGCCAGCGCAGGCCCGAAGCUAUCGCAGUACUGGGGUAUCAUACUGUUAUACUCUACCUGGCCAGGGACAUUUGGCAGGUUGGUGAUGCUGGGGUGCGGUUGUUACGUAUCAUUGGUGAACACCUUGGACCGGAAUGGGAGGAGUGGCUUGCCUGGCCUCGCAGCAUUGUCCUCGGCGAUGGCUGA